ACUAUCACUAUCGACGAGGGUGGGAGACGAAUAGAGGAGAGAUGAUUGUGUUUUAGAAUCUAGUGCGGCUGCUCCGUUCCUCCCCCCUUCUGCUCUCGUUUAGUUACUGUUGCAAAACUAUUCUGCUGCAUCGCUCCUCUUGUGUGUUCGCGAAUUCGCGCGAGAGGCGCGCACGAGGACUCCGUUGGCGAAAGCGGCAAAAAAAUCAGUUUUGCAAUUAAUAAUACAGAAACCCGCGUCAUUUUCCUUAUCAUCUGGUAGUCUUGCAUUUUUCACAUGUAUUACUGGGAUGCUUUGAUAAUCACCGGCAACAAAGUGGGGAGCGGGGCCGACGGAAUCUAACCUAGACGCUGCCUCUACCGCGAUUCCCCAAAAUUUCCAUGCAUAUCCUUCCUUCCUCGGGCGUGCGCUUUUCAAGUUUCGAGGUUAUGUUUGAAAAACCGACUCUUUCGUGACUCGUUACAGUAAACUCAAUUUUUUCCCUUUCUUCUCUGCAUGAAGUACCUACGAUGAACCGAUGAAACCGAAAUAAAAUUGAUUCUUGUGAUAUUCGAUACCUACAAUGUCUCGUGGAGGAUGACUGUUUCAAACUCUCGACUGAUCUGAGGAACAGAUUAUCAAUCACUUACUUAUACAACAGGAGUGAAAAUUCAGUUGUAAAAAAUGGAUCCACCAAGUAAUGAAGAGAGUGUUGACAAUGUUGACACUGUUGUUGAAAGCGUGGAAACUAUUGAUGCACCAAAAGAAAACAAUGACGUGGUUGUUCCUGUAGAACCAGUAACUUCCACUGAAAAGCCAAAUGAACCAUCUAGUGAGUCAGAAAUAUUAAUAACCAAUGAAGUAGACAGCAGCAAAGACAAAGAGCAGCUAGGUUGUGAAAAUACUAUGGAAGUUACAGAAGUACUGGAAAUCAAUAGGGUGCAGAGGGAAAAUUGUUUGGAAGAAGUAACACCUAUGGAAGUAGAUGAAGUAGAGCCUGUUGAAGAAGCAAGUGAAAGUAAUAUUAAUAGAGACGAAUCUAGCACAGUUGAAGAUAAAAACAAAAAUGAGGAAGCUAUCAACAGUGAUAAGCAAAAAGACAUUAGUGAAAAUAAUGAUCAGAGUAGUUGUAAAGAAGCUGAUAAGAGUUUAGAGUCUUUGGAGGGCGGCUUAUUGAUUUGUGAAACUGAAUCAUCAAAGGAUGAGUCCAAGUUAGAUGAUAAAGAAACCAGUGCACAACCGGAUGCCAGCACAGAAAAUGAAAAUAACAAAAAGGAAAGUUCAAAUAAGCUUGAUGAAACUAAUAAAAGUAGCAGUGAGGACAGCCCAUCUAUGGAAAAAGAAAGUGAAAAAAAAACACCAGAAAAUGGAUCAGCUGAGCAACCUAUACAAUGUGAUGAUGUUGAAAUGGAAACUUCAGAAGAAAAAGAAUCAACUAAUGAAAAAAACGAUGCCGUUGAGAAUACGGAGUUUGUCUUACUUAAUCAGGAAAAAGAUGAUUCUCAGCUGGAAAAUCAGUCAGAUGCUGUUGAUCCAUUUGAAGGUGAUAAUAAUAGUUCCCAAACAACCAACAAUGUUGAAUCUAUGGAAGUAGAUUCUGGUAACAAAGGAUCUAAAACUGCUGAGGAAGAAGUUAGUUCCAAAAAUGAAGAUACUUCUAAAGAUAAGGAAAAGGGUACUACAAGUAAUGAUGAAAAUGAAAAAGAAGUAGAAGUCAUUCAAGAAGAAAUUUUAAUCGUGGAAAAAUCAACAGAAGAAGUUAAGGAAACUGCUUCGACAGAAUCUUCAGAGAAAAAAAGUGACGAGUCGUCAGAUAAUAUCUUACUUAAUCCAAACAAAGAACUGUGCAUAAUGCCUGGUGAUAGUACAAAAGAUAAAACUAGUGAUAAGGAAAAAUCAAGUGACCCCAAAAGUGCCGAAAAAGACAAGGAGGUAGACGAAGAAGACGAUAUCCUGAUUGAAGAGGAAGUGAGCAAAACCAGUAAAAUCUUGGAAAACAGUGAAAAAAGCAAGAAUGUCCCGUCAACGAAAUCUGCGGAUAAAACUAUCCAAAAGGUUGGCCUAAGAGUGGCAGCCUUAACCACGGAAUCAAAUGACAUACAGGUAAACAAAUCAAGUGAUAGUCUGGCUAUCGUUACUUCAGACGUAAUUGAGAUUGAUGACGAUGCCAAGAAUUCAGAAGUAGAAGAAAUCUCGGCCAAUGAAGUUUGUAAGCAGUGCAAGAAAGAAAAACCUUGCUCCAUUAAAGUCAAAGUUGGUACAAAAAGCUACAAUGUCUGCUCGGAUGCCUGCAAAACGGCCUUUUCCAACGAUAACAACAAGGCAACUGACAUACCCAGCGAGGGAGUCAAUUCAAAAAGAGAGAAGCGUUGCGCUAACUGUCUUUUAAUCGUCGAGGCCAAGGACGAACGCAACCUGUCCUGGGAAACCAUGGAAUUUUGUAACGAGGAGUGUUUAGGCAAAUUCCAAACAAAGUACGGCAGUUAUUGUAGAAAUUGCAAUGGGUCAGUUCAAUCAGUUAGCUUAGGAAAGUACUGUGUGCGCUUUGGCUAUGAUGUUAGGCAGUUUUGCUGUUCCACGUGUCUAGAAGAGUUCAAAAAGGGUCUUAAAAUCUGCAGUUAUUGUCAAAAGGACAUCAGCGCGGGAACUGAAGGCUUUCUUGCUCCUGUAGGUGAUAAAGGCCAGUUCAAAGACUUCUGUAGGCAAGAUUGCAUGGAUAAAUACUCAAGGAUGAACUCUUCAGAACCACCUGCACCUGAAAAUAAAAUUUGCAGUGUUUGUCAAGAGGAGAAAGUUGUGCACUGCGAAGUUCAAAUUGGUGGAUCUGCACCAGUAGCGAUUUGCAGUGAACCCUGCUUCGCUGCUUUCAAGUUUGUCAAUAAAGUCGAUCCCGAACAGUGCUCUACUUGCAAAAAGUAUUUUCAGUUACCUACAAGAAAAGGUUUCACCGUCUUCCAUGAAGACGAAGCCCAUUCGUUUUGUAACAAAACUUGCCUAAACAUCUUUAUUAUUACAAACAGAAAGAUUGUUCCCUGUAGCUGGUGCAAAGUAAAAAAGUAUAAUUUCGAUAUGAUUAAAAAAGAAUUGAAAGUAGGGCAGACCAUUAUGAUGUGCAGCUUGAAUUGCUUGACUUUAUACGCGGUAUCUAUUAAUGCGGUGUCAGCGCGACGUAUCCACUGCGAUUUUUGUAAAGAAUACUCUCAAGCCCAAUAUCAUUUGACCAUGUCCGACGCAACUAUUCGUAAUUUCUGCUCCUACAAGUGCGUCAUGAACUUCCAAGCCCAAUACACAAAGUCACCUAUAACAAUUCCUUCAAAUGAUAUUGGUCCUGGCGAUCCAGUUCCCACUGGCUGCCCAAAACGGGCAAUCAUACCCGUGCAGCAACGGAUUCAGCCAGUCACGAGCACGGAAUCACACGGGCCAGUGUCGGUAGCUCAGAAAAAGACGAUGCCGGUCAUAUCGUCUGUGACUAGUCUCGCGACAAUCGCCAAUGGCCAAGUGCAAAGUACGAUGCAAUUGCAGAAUACAGCUCAGCAAAGUAUAGGCACCCAAAUUCAACCAAUCACGAUUCAAGGCCCACAUCCUGUGAUUUAUAAACAGCAGAUUGUUACGAGGCCACCAUCGCCGGUCGAUAUCAGCAACAAAAUGACGCAGUGUCGUCCACAGACACACACCAAAGGUGUGUCAGUGCGACCAAUUCGCUGUGAUCAAUCGACGCAGACUGACGCGCCAGAAAAGAUUUAUAUACCGAUACCAAUACCCAUAUUUGUGCCUGUACCAGUGCACAUGUACCAUAUGCCAUUUCCCGUUCCUACGCCAAUUCCAAUACCCAUACCCGUACCUAUUUUCAUCCCUACGACGCGAAACAGCAUCAAGGGUAUUUCCAAGGAGCUUAAGCGGAUACAAGAAAAAAUACCGGCGGACCCGUAUGAAGCUGAAUUACUUAUGAUGGCUGAGAUGGUCGCAACUGAGAAAAAGAAUGAAAGUGAUUCGGAUUCUAAUAAUGAUGAGGCCAGGGACGAUGGGGAGGUAAAUGAGACGAACGAGGGUAACGAAGGCACACAAGGAGACUCGUAUGGUCCAGAAGAAGUGGAUUCGUCAAACGCCUUUGGCGAGGACAUGUUGCAAAUAGCCCUAAAAAUGGCCACUGGAGAGUUGGAAGAGUCAACUGUCGAUCUUGAUACAGCCCUCACGCCUAGUACGAUACAGAGUCCGCCAAAGCCUCAGAACGAGGAAACGAAUAACACGGAGAACGAUGCAGUUCAACCGAUACGAGUUCACUCGAGCCGAGGACGCAAGCGGGGCAGUACGAACAAAACGCGAGGUGUACCUAGCAAGAGAGGCCGGCGACAACACAACGCCAAUGAUGUUAAACUAUCGGCUGGAGCCGCAACACCGGCUAGGAUGAUCCAGCCUGCUGAAAGGCCUGAUGCUAAUAUGUCUCUGAAGUACACCUAUGGUGUAAAUGCUUGGAGGCAAUGGGUCAUUACCAAAAAUGCGGAAUUGGAGAAACAAAGUACACCUACGAGGAAGCUGAAACUCUUUAAGACCGAUUUACUGCAGUUAACAGCGGACGAGUUGAAUUAUGCCUUGUGCUUAUUUGUGAAAGAGCUUCGAAAACCAAAUGGGGCAGAGUACGAGCCAGACACUAUAUUCUACUUAUGUUUAGGUAUUCAACAAUAUUUGUUUGAAAAUAAUAGGAUAGAUAAUAUUUUCACAGAUGCAUAUUACGAAAAAUUUACUGAUUGUCUUAAUGAAACUGCCAAAAAGUUUGCUUCCCUUUACGAUAAUUCAUUCCGUGUGAUUACAAGAGUUGAAGAAGAACAUUUAUGGGAGUGCAAACAGUUGGGAGCACACUCGCCACACGUACUUUUAAAUACACUUAUGUAUUUCAACACUAAACACUUUAACUUAGUGUCCGUUGAAGAACACAUGCAGCUUUCAUUUUCUCACAUAAUGAAGCAUUGGAAACGAAACUCUACUGGACAAUCUGGUGGAGCAGUUGGAGGUAAAGUGGCUGGGUCACGUAAUGUGUUAUUGCGAUUUUAUCCCCCUCAAUCUGCUCUUGAAGCCAAUUCAAAGAAGAAAAAAGUUUACGAGCAACAAGAAAAUGAAAACAAUCCACUGCGGUGUCCAGUAAAAUUAUAUGAAUUUUACCUCUCCAAAUGCCCUGAAAGUGUAAAAACGAGAAACGACGUAUUUUACUUAUUGCCAGAGCGAAGUUGUGUACCCGACAGUCCAGUUUGGUACUCGACAUCUCCUUUGGAUAAAGAGCAUCUUGUUAAAAUGCUUUAUCGUAUCAAGAUGGUAAAAGAGAUUAAUGUGGCUCUUUUGUCGUCUUAAUUGUGCCGCCUACCUUGUAAGUUAAAGCUACACGCUUGGCUUCUUCAUUAAGCUGUACAUCAAUUGUGUAAAAUAUGGAAGCGCUAAUUACUUGCUGCAAUCCAAUAAGAAUACAGACUACCUUAUGUUUACUUUGUAUGUUUGUCAUUUAAUGAAAGAUUCUGUGUAUAAAUAAGAUGUCUCAAACUGCACUAGCACAAAUUUUUUUUUGUUAUUAUUUUGACAAACAUUAUUGUGAGAAAGUGAUUAUUAUGUGUCCUUAGGUCUUUUUAAAUUUAUGGUAAUUUCUACUCUGUUAAACUAUAAGUAUUUUGUAUUGCUUAGACUUAAAUUGUACACAAAGAGAGUAUACACUAGUAGUAAUAUUAAGAUGUUUGUGGUAACAAAACAAUUAAGAUUGAAAAAAAAGUUUUGUUCAUGGCGAACUGUUGAGAAACUAUCUUUUGUAUAUAUGAGAGUGAUGCAAAUCGACCUUAAAAUUUAGUUUUAACACAGAAUCAUCCGAUUAAACCGCUAUGUAAUAUAAACGUUUCACAAGUCAGGGUUUGUUCACCAUCUUGUAUUUUUUAAUUAUACGUAA